CGGCCGGGGGCGCUGGCUACGCUGUGGGCUAGGACUGGACAGGAACGCGACCAGCGGGGUCGAGCCCAGAGACCCGCGCAGCCGUCUACCAUCUUCCUGCCUCGUCCCCACCCCCUCCCCCCGGGCCGGGGGAGGCGGCGUGUCCGGCGGAGGGUUCCGAGGCGCGGGGCAGGCCUGGAGCGCCAUGAGCAGCCCGGAUGCGGGAUACGCCAGUGACGACCAGAGCCAGCCCCGGAGCGCGCUGCCCGCGGUGAUGGCCGGCCUGGGCCCCUGCCCCUGGGCCGAGUCUCUGAGCCCCCUUGGGGACAUGAAGGUGAAGGGCGAGGCGGCGGCGAGCAGCGGAGCGCCGGCCGGGGCCGCAGGCCGAGCCAAGGGCGAGUCACGGAUCCGGCGACCGAUGAACGCCUUCAUGGUGUGGGCUAAGGACGAGCGCAAGCGGCUGGCGCAGCAGAACCCGGACCUGCACAACGCUGAGCUGAGCAAGAUGCUGGGCAAGUCGUGGAAGGCGCUGACGCUGGCGGAGAAGCGGCCCUUCGUGGAGGAGGCGGAGCGGCUGCGCGUGCAGCACAUGCAGGACCACCCCAACUACAAGUACCGGCCGCGGCGGCGCAAGCAGGUGAAACGGCUGAAGCGGGUGGAGGGCGGCUUUCUGCACGGCCUCGCCGAGCCGCAGGCGGCCGCGCUGGGUCCCGAGGGCGGCCGCGUGGCCAUGGACGGCCUGGGCCUGCCCUUCCCCGAGCAGAGCUUCCCCGCCGGUCCGCCGCUGCUGCCCCCGCACAUGGGCGGCCACUACCGCGACUGCCAGGGCCUGGGCGCGCCCCCGCUCGACGGCUACCCGCUGCCCACGCCCGACACGUCCCCGCUGGACGGCGUGGAGCCAGACCCGGCCUUCUUCGCCGCCCCGCUGCCCGGGGACUGCCCGGCGGCCGCCACCUACGGCUACGCGCAAGUCUCGGACUACGCGGGGCCCUCGGAGCCGCCCGCCGGCCCCAUGCACGCCCGGCUCGGCCCCGAGUCCGCGGGCCCCGCGAUGCCGGGCCUGCUGGCGCCCCCCAGCGCCCUGCACAUGUACUACGGCGCGAUGGGCUCGGCCGGGGCGGGCGGCGGGCGCGGCUUCCACGUGCAGCCGCCGCCGCAGCAGCACCCGCCGGGCCCGGGGCAGCCGUCGCCUCCUCCCGAGGCGCUGCCCUGCCGGGACGCCGCGGACCCCGGCCAGCCCGCCGAGCUCCUCGGGGAGAUGGACCGCACGGAAUUUGAACAGUACCUGCACUUCGUGUGCAAGCCCGAGAUGGGUCUCCCCUACCAGGGACAUGACUCUGGUGUGAAUCUCCCGGACAGCCACGGGGCCAUUUCCUCGGUGGUGUCCGAUGCCAGUUCUGCGGUAUAUUACUGCAACUAUCCUGACGUCUGACAGGUCCACGAUCAGCCCCAGCCUGCAGGCUAGAAGCAGUGUUACACACUUCUGGAGGAGCGAAAGAAAGCCUCAGCAUCAUGUUUUGUUUUGUUUUUGAGUUGCCUCGACAUAUAAUUUAUGGUAAUUUAUUUUGUCUGCCACUUGAACAGUUGGGGGCGGGGGGAACGUGUGGUUUAAGAUUUGUUCAGAAACUUGUUUCCCAAGUUGCGCCGUCAGAACCCCUUUUUCAAGUUACCCAGUUUUGACUGUGUCCCAGAAGAGCUUACUCAUUUCGUGAAAAUUUAUUGAUCAAAGAAAUUUUGUCGCGGGUGUGUUUUUUCAACCUUUAAAAAAAUAAA